GUUUUUACUCGCUGACUGAUGAGAGGCAGCAAACUGAAGUUUGGUCUCUGAGUUGAAGAUGCAGAAGUCAAAGAGCUUUCAGCUGGAUGAUUUUCUGGCAGGAUGGAUCGGCGGAGCUUCCAGUGUCGUCGUGGGCCACCCGCUGGACACAGUCAAGACGCGGCUGCAGGCGGGCAAAGGCUACAAGAACACUCUACACUGCGUGGUCAGCAUCUACAGGAAGGAAACGGUCGCAGGUUUCUUUAAGGGCAUGUCUUUCCCGCUGGCCAGCAUCACCGCCUACAACUCAGUGGUGUUUGGCUUCUUCAGUAACACGCAGAGACUUAUAAGCAAGUAUCGCUAUGGCGAUGGGCGGCAUCCCUGCGGCAUGCUGGACCUGACUGUGGCCAGCAUGCUGACUGGACUGGUGUCGGUGGGCCUGGGGGCCCCGGUGGAUCUGGUCAAGAUCAGACUGCAAAUGCAGACGCAGACGGUCCUGGCAGAGAACUUGCACCUCGCCGGAAACGUAUCGAACGGCACCAACAUCCCUCUGCGAUCCGUCGACAUCCCCAACCAGAGACUUUACCGAGGCCCCAUCCACUGCAUCAGCAGCAUCCUGCAGACCGAGGGCCUGCAGGGCCUGUACAGGGGGGCCGGGGCCAUGAUCCUGAGGGACGUUCCCGGAUACGUGCUCUACUUCAUCCCUUACACCAUCUUCUGCAACCUGCUGAAGCCAGACGCCAAGUCAAGCCCUCAUCCGUGUUCCAUCUGGCUGGCUGGAGGACUAGCAGGGUCCAUUUCCUGGGUCACAGCCACGCCAGCCGAUGUGGUGAAGAGUCGAAUGCAGGCCGAUGCUCAACUGCAGAGGAAGUACAAGGGCGUCUUACACUGCAUCAUCCACAGCUACAAGACCGAGGGGGCGCAGGUUUUCUUCCGCGGAGCGUCGGUCAACGCCAUCCGAGGCUUCCCAAUGAGUGCCACCAUGUUCCUGACCUACGAGCUCUCCCUGCAGUUCUUCAGGGGCCUCUAGGAUGAAGGGGAACAUUUCGGUGGUAAAAGGAAUCACAUGCAGUUUUUUGGCAGAUGAGCACACGGCAGGCGGUUCAGAGUAGCUGCGAGUCAGCUGCUUCUGUACACGAUGCUAACUGAGCUACACCAGAGCUCUUCAACUCUUUGAUGUGAUGUAUUUUAGCCCUGAGACCUUCUAGCCACACAAAGAUUGAUUAACUAUGUUUUAAAUUAGUGCUUUUUAUAAUAAGGAUACCACGGGCGCCCAUGUGUUCCUGGGCAGAGCCUCGGCUUCGGUGCUUAUAGAGUGUGACUACAGCAGCUUUGAUGCUCACAGGAGAUGGUCUGGACUGCUGGAUGUCCCUUCAGGGCAUGUUUUAUGCUAAGAUGUUAGCCUUCACUGAGAGAUGGCUGCUAACUAGCAUAGUUUAUGUCAGGCUUUCACAAUGAAAAUAGCCUUGACAAAAUUAACGGAUUUGGAUGUUUGAAAUGCUGCAGUCAUCUUAAGCUCUGAUUUAUCCAGAAAAAAGGAAUUCUCACCCGCUGCCCACCUGCAUUUGGUUCAUUUCUACCCAUGACGACUCUUUCGUGGGUUACCUGACAGGUACCCGACCCACUGCAGGAGUCUGACCUAGGAUAGGUGAAGCUGAAUUCCCAUCUUUCAUGAAUGGGAUGCGGCCUCUGCUGCCUCGGCAAACGGCAUUUGUUGUUUGUCAAGUAGCUAGUUAGCUUUCAGGAGUGAUUUAGGCCAAUAAAAAUACCAUUCAUUUUGCAAGGGAGUGAAAAUAUUAAACAGUAAUAGGCUAAUUAGGUCUAAAUAAAUCUUUUUUAUUUGGAGUUCAACCAGCACAGUGUCAGCUUAGAAACAUUCUGGCCCUUAGUCAAAUGUAGUUGAUGACCCGUCCUCGAGUCCAUAUGGUAACGUUUCCUUGGUAAUUACAAAUGGUCAAUCAGAGGAGCCUGCUGGGCGCGAUAAGCGCCGCCUGCAAGGGCAGAUUCCAGGCGCUCGCUGUAGUUUCUGUGGAGAUUGAGGCUUUAUUUUUGUUUGACUAGGCUUCUAAAAAAAAUUGAUUAUUCUUCCGAAAGGUUGAGGUGAUUGUUGGCAUCAGCAAGCAUUAGUUGCUAAAUAAAAUUGGUACAGGAAAAGCUAAAAUAUUAGCUUAACAAGGCUAACAGGAAACAGCUGGACCUGCAUUCUCACCUCACCUCAUUGAUUAUUUUUAAUGCUAAUUUACCAAAGAACUCUGUGUGUUCCUCUGAAGGCGGUUUUAGGGAAAUGAAGUAGUUUGGGAUCAGUUUCAUUGAUGGAUGUGACAUUUUCAACACAACUGCAAAGUCUAAAUUUGAUGUUUUUCUGCAGAUCAGUCUUCAGUGUGAUUUCGUAUUUUUAGUUUUUAUCUACUUUCAGUUGUAAUUCUUCGUGUUUGCACAUGAUCAAAAAUAAUAAAUGAUUUCAUAAGUAAGUAGUGCAGUGACACAUCAAAUUCAAAUCUAGGUGUGACUGCAAUGAAGUAACUGCUCCCGUGUUGUACUGAUGAGCAUUAGGAAGUGUUGAAAAUGACGCAUCCACCCAUUCAUAACAUGAAUUGUUGCCUUCCGGUGCACAUGGACUGUAUGUGCAUCCCAUGUUACCAUCCACUUGUACAUAUGUUUGUGCGUUUCUUAUAUUAAGAAAAGUGAGUUUCACAGUUACAUGGUUGCUUUAUACAUAACGUGAAGAGCAUAAAUGUAGAAUCACUAACAGUUACAUAGCAUUUAGAGUUAAUGACGCACAAAAGAUGUUUCAUUCUAAAAUGAGAUAUCCACUUGAGAUGUCUUCUCUACAGAAAUCAUUACUUUCAUGCAUAAAAAAACACAUUUUGUGUUUAAACGGGGAGUCAUGUUAAGACUUUCCUGCACCAGAAAGUCAGAAGCACAUUAAGUAAACCAAUAUACUCCUAGCACAAAACGGCUAUUUAUCAUUUUGGAGUGAAUACCUUCAAAAGAAAUAUCUUUGCCUGCCUAAUAGUUAUAUUUUAAAUAGCUUUCUUGUCAUGUAUAUACUUGUAAAUAUGUUUACUACCAU